UUCUGUCUGGAUGAAGCUCAGAUCUCUGUGAGCUCCUCUGUGGUUCUUCUGCUGUGAGUUCUGAUGUUCACUGAGUACCUGAGUAGUGAUGAAUUCUCCACCGAGCCCGUCUCCCACCCGCUGGUUUAAAGCCUUACGGAGGACCAGGACUGGAGAACCGUGCCAGAAGUCAGGUUCAUCAGCAUGUCUCGAUGUGCUAAAGAGAGCCAGGGCUGCUUUCCGUGCUGGCCGCAUGGCUCCAGAGAGCUUCAGGCUGGCCCAGCUGGAGGCUCUUGAGAGGAUGCUGAUGGAGCAUGAGUCUGACUUUGUGGAUGCUCUCGACCGCGACCUCAGAAAGCCCCGCUUUGAGACUGUAAUGUCAGAGCUGAUGGUGGUGAAAAACGAGGCCCUUCACGCAGCCAGCAGCCUGAAGAAGUGGAUGCAGCCCCAGCGCAUGGAGCGCAGCUGGGCCACAGCGUUUGAUGACUGCAUGGUAGUCAGUGAGCCAUUAGGAGUAGUGCUAAUUGUAGGAAACUGGACGAGUCCUGUGCAGCUCUGCCUGGUGCCGUUAGUGGGUGCGAUUGCAGCAGGAAACUGUGUGAUAAUCUGCCCAUCUGAAGUCUGCUCUCAUACUGCUGAGCUUCUGCACCGACUCCUGCCUGCUUACCUGGAUAAUGAAUGUUACCACUCCGUGUUAGCUGCAGGCCAUGAGGUUCCUGAAAUUGUGGAUCUAAAAUUCGAUCAUGUUUUCUUCUCAGGCACCAGGGAAGAUGGGCUCAAAGCGGCCCAGGCGGCAGCGCGCACUCUCGCCCGCACUACGCUGCUCUUGAGUGGGAAGAACCCCUGCUAUGUGGACCGUCAGUGUGACAUCAACACCACUGCCCGCCGCAUCUCCUGGGCGCGCUUCCAGAAUGCCGGCCAGAGCGCUGUGGCCCCAGACUAUGUCCUUUGCCACGCAGACACCCAUGAGUGCCUUGUGCAGGCCCUGCGCUGUGCCCUGCAGCAGUUCUACGGCUCUGAGCCACGUGAGUCCAAGAGCUUUGGGCGACAAGUGAGCGAGGAGAACUUUAGCAAGGUCAGGGAAGCCCUCUUGAGGUCCGGGAAAGUGGCAGUGGGUGGGCAGGUGAAUGAGGCAGAGAAAUAUAUAGCCCCCACAGUUCUGGUGGAUGUGGUAGAGUCUGACCCCAUCAUGCAGCAGGAUGUGUUCGGCCCUGUGCUGCCCAUCCUGAGUGUCCAGAGCGCGGAUGAGGCCGUAGCCUUCAUCAACAGCAGGGAGAAUCCACUCUGUGUUUAUGUCUAUUCCAGCAACAGCAAGGUGAUCUCUAAGAUAAUGGCUGAGACAUGCAGUGGUAGUUUCUGCUCUAACGACAGUGCCCUGCAGAGCGUGAUGGUGGGGCUGCCUUUUGGAGGAGUGGGUGCCAGUGGGCUGGGCUCGUACCACGGUCGCUACAGUUUUGACGCUUUCUCUCACAAGAAGUCGUGUCUGCUGAGGAGCACGUGUAUCGAGUGUGUGACGUACCUGCGCUACCCACCGUAUGAGGACCGGAACCUGUCCCUGGCUACACUGGCCAGCUCGCUGAGUCUGAGGAGUCAGGGCUGGUGCUCCAUACUGUGAGAGGAACUGUAAGGAGCACCACAAACAGAAAGGGUGGUCUUCUUCAGCAAUCAAGCACAUAUACCACAUACUAAACGUGAGCCAUAAACCCUACAUGGCAUUAUGUUCAAAGCGACACAGGCUUUGUAAAAAUAUGCAUAACAUUUUUCAUUUUUAGUUAUGCUUAUUAUAACAUACAACAGAACGGUUUGAUUAAACAGAAGUGGGCAAAACCUGCACUGCACAGUAAUAAUUGCUAUGAGAUUAUGUAGUUUAUCUGCUGCUGAUUCUCCUGGAGUUUUACUGCAUCUCUAAUCAGAUCCACUGAUUCUCCAAUUCAGAUGCUGCUGAAGCUUCAUCAGCUCAGUCAGCGUUACAUUAGGAGUGUGGAUGAAUUAAAAACUGCAGCACCAGUGGAAUAUUCUGGAAUAAUCUGAUAUCUAGAUUAGGCAUCACUGAACUCACUGCAGUGUGUUUGCUUGCUUUUAUACGUUUGACCUGUAAUGUUUUUAACUCAACAAUUUAAACUAAACAGUGAGAAUAUUUUUUUGAUGAGGACACCAGCACAUGUUGUGUAAUCUCAAUUCUAGGUGAUCUAUA